CAACUUGUCUGUUGGGGAAUCACAAAGUCCCUAGGACGAAAACACACGACGCCAUUUUCCAUUGUCCGUCAGUCAGUCAGUGUCAUAGAUCAUACGCAGUAAAACUCUUCAGUGUUUUCCAGCUAGUGUUUUGGGUGUUUUCAGUGUUAUUUUGUGCCUUUUACCCCUCAAGUCAUGGCAUCGAAUAAAAAGGUUCUUCUCAAAGUCAUUAUCCUUGGAGACUCAAGUGUGGGGAAGACGUCCCUAAUGAACCAGUAUGUAAAUCGCAAGUUCUCCAACCAGUACAAAGCGACCAUUGGAGCCGACUUUCUCACCAAAGAAGUGACCAUUGACGACAGGACAGUCACCAUGCAAAUAUGGGACACAGCCGGACAGGAACGGUUCCAAUCCUUAGGAGUCGCUUUCUACAGAGGCGCCGAUUGCUGUGUUUUAGUGUUUGAUGUGACGGCGCCAAACACAUUCAAAUCGCUGGACAGUUGGCGGGACGAGUUCCUCAUCCAGGCAGCGCCCAGAGAGCCGGAUAAUUUCCCAUUUGUGCUGCUGGGCAAUAAGGUCGAUUUGGAGCCGAGGGCCAUCAGUGCCAAGCGGGCCCAACAAUGGUGCCAAAGCAAGAAUAGUAUUCCAUAUUUUGAAACAUCAGCCAAAGAGGGUCUAAACGUCGAACAAGCAUUUCUGGCGAUUGCCAAAAACGCGCUGGCCCAGCAAAAUCAAACGGUCGACCUCUACAACGAAUUCCCCGACCAGAUCAAACUCUCCAACGCUCAGCGACCCAACAACGGAGCCGACGCUUGCGGUUGCUAGGUGGAGACAGCGCUCCUUCCCCCCAUUAAGAUAUGUAUAGUGAGUAGCUUGCGCAUUUCAAUGGCCCCAAAAACUCCAAUCAGGGGCUACCAAAGCAGUCGUUUUUCGUCAUUGAAUUGCCUCCAGUUGGGGAAUGUUGAUCAAAAGCGCGACAUUUCCCCUCGAUAGAUUCACUAUUAUUAUCAUCAUCAAUAUUAGUAGUAGUAGAUGAUUAUUUAUAUACAGUCAUGUGGUCUUAAACACUUGAUUAUAUUUUUUUUACGUUAAGGUUAAUCUAAAAUGUGAUAUACAUAUGCAGAGGUUCGGCCUUGCAAACAUCGCUUCUAGAGGAACAUAUGAAUUUUAGCUAUUUAAUAUAGAUAUUAGUACUAAACGACGGGAGGUACAAGGAUUCAAGUUUCAUAGGUUUACGUUUCUGUAAAUAAGUUACUCUUAGUUGAACUUGGCUAGGCUGUGGCCCAUAGGGAGGUUCAUUUCGUUGUUAACAGAUCCUGCUCCUAACUGCCACCGAUAUCUUGCGUGUCCUGAAACUCCAGCAGUUUGCUUAGUUUGCGAAAGUGCACAGCAUGUACAUAGUUAGGUGUUUGUGGAUUAUUAUCGUACCCAAUACAAUUAAAGAUUUGUAUUACUGAUCGAAUAGACAUAUAAACAAAAUGGAAAAAUCA